AUGAAAUAUGUUGUUCCUCCCUUUGUUGCAUUUAUGAUUGUGGUGGCUGGCAUACACAUUGUCAUAAGAAGAUGGAGGGUGCCUCAAGAGAAACCAGCUACUACAACUGAGGAUCAAAUGGUGGAUCUUGGUUGGAUCACAGUUUCAGAAAGGGAAUUCAUUAAGGAGACAAUCAAAGUGUUCAACUUGCAACACGAAAGAGCUACCAAGAGCUUUGAGACUGAGAGUCGGAUAUUGAGCACCAUUCGGCAUAGGAACUUGGUGAAGAUACUUGGUUGUUGUAGCAACCCUGAUUUCAAAGCCUUGAUUCUUGAAUAUAUGCCGCAUGGAAGCUUGGAGAUAUGGCUUCAUUCGCACAAGUAUUUUCCAGAUCUCAUCCAGAGACUGAACAUAGCAAUAGAUGUGGCAUCAGCCUUGGAAUACCUUCAUCAGUAUCACACAUAUGCUGUUGUUCACUGUGAUAUAAAGCCAAACAAUGUGCUGCUCGAUGCAGAUAUGACUGCUCGUAUAGGUGAUUUUGGCAUUUCCAAGCUCUUUGACAACGACGAGGUUGCAGUUCAUACUUUAAACAGGGCAACUGUUGGUUAUGCAGCGCCAGAGUUGGGAUCAGAAGGAAAGGUAUCUACAAGUGGGGAUGUGUACAGUUAUGGGAUACUAUUACUGGAGAUGUUUACGAGCAAGAACCCAACAGAUGAUAUGUUCGACGACAAGAUGAGCAUAAAGGAGUGGGUGGGAAAUGCAUUACAAUAA